CAUCUCUACAGGUAUACUAGCUGUUACAUGACGGUACCUGUAUGCAGUGUUUGUGGCUGGUUGGGACUCACGGUGAGAAAAAAUGAAUGGUACUGGCGAUUGCUGGACUGAGCAGGAGAGGCUGGAAAAGGUUGAUCCAGAGAUGUACGAUCUGAUUCGCAAGGAGAAAAACCGACAGAGGAAGGGCCUGGAGCUGAUCGCCUCUGAGAACUUUGCCAGUCGAGCUGUGUUAGAACCGCUCUCCUCCUGUCUCAAUAACAAAUACUCUGAAGGUCAGCCAGGCCAAAGGUAUUACGGUGGGAAUGAGUACAUCGACCAGAUUGAGCUGUUGUGUCAGAAGCGGGCUCUACAGCUAUAUGGCCUUGACCCGGAGAAAUGGGGAGUGAAUGUCCAGCCCUUGUCCGGCUCCCCGGCUAACUUUGCAGUGUACACUGGCGUGGUCGGCCCUCAUGGACGCAUCAUGGGACUCGACCUGCCAGACGGUGGCCAUCUUAGUCACGGGUUCAUGACCAGUUCUCGCAAAGUCUCUGCCACAUCUGUAUUCUUUGAAUCAUUCCCCUAUAAACUCGACCCGGCCACUGGACUCAUAGACUAUGACAAAUUGGCAGAAACUGCUCGUUUGUUUCACCCACAGAUAAUCAUUGCUGGCAUCAGCUGUUACUCUCGUCAUCUUGACUACAAGAGGUUUAAGGAAAUUGCUGAUGAGAAUGAUGCAUACCUAUUGGCUGACAUGGCACACAUUAGCGGCCUUGUGGCAGCAGGAGUUAUCCCCAGCCCGUUUGAACACUGUGAUAUCGUCACCACAACAACCCAUAAAACACUGAGAGGAGCCAGGUCAGGAAUGAUCUUCUUCAGGAAAGGUGUGAGGAAGGUGCUGAAGAAUGGGACAGAGGUGAAGUAUGACUUGGAGAAGAGGAUUAAUGAGGCUGUGUUCCCGGGGCUACAGGGAGGGCCUCAUAACCAUCAAAUUGCAGCUGUGGCCGUAGCCCUGAGAGAAGCUAAUACACCAGCCUUCAAGACUUACCAGCAGCAAGUGCUGGUUAAUGCCAAGGUGAUGUCAAAACGUUUCCAGGAGAAAGGCUUCACGGUAGUCUCGGGUGGCACUGACACCCACCUCAUCCUGGUAGACCUGCGCCCACAGGGAUUGGACGGGGCAAGGGCAGAGAAGGUGUUAGAGGAGAUAGGCGUGGCCUGUAACAAAAACACCUGUCCGGGAGACAAGAGCGCACUGAAGCCCAGCGGACUGAGAUUUGGCUCUCCUGCACUAACCUCAAGAAAUCUGAAAGCCACAGAUUUUGAACAGGUUGUGGAUUUCAUUAUAGAAGGAAUCAAUCUUACCAAAGAAGUGGCAUCAAGCUGUGGCCCAACAUUAAAAGAGUUUAGAGCAAAACUGGAAACUGAUGAAGCAGUGAGAGCCAAAAUCCAGGCUGUAAAGGGCCGAGUGGAAGCUUUUGCAGAGAAGUUCCCCAUGCCAGGGUUUGAUGAGCUGUGAAAAAGUGCCAAGUACCUAGAACAUGCUGAUUUCUGCACAUUCAUACACAUCCGUAUGUAUCAAUACACCCACAUAGGUGACCAUACUCUGACCUGAGCACUCAUUGAUGUGUAAUCACAGGCAUAUAGUCCAUGGUAUAAAUGGGGCCUCGGUUUACUACAUAAUUUACAAAUUGUCUGAGUGUUCACUGUUCCACAUCAAGUGAGUGAGUGCUUGGGGUUUAACAUGGUGCUCGACAAUUUUUCAGUCAUACCACAACAAAAAAUCCUUGGGGUGUAUGAAAUGUACCUCCUUCGUUGCAGGACGGAUUUCCACCGCUCUUUUAUUUAGUUCUGCUUCACUGAGACGACUUACCGAAGGCAAGCAAGCUGCCCCACCCAAGCCAUUAUACUGAUCCGGGUAAACCAGUCGAUGAACUAUCCCCUUCAUGCUAAACGCCAAGCGAGGAAGUUAGAACUUCCAGGAUUGUUCCGCAUCAAUGUACUUCAUCAUGUCACUUGUAUAUUCAGUAUGUCUACAUUGGCUGUACUGGGAAUAAGGUAGAGUCCAAUGUAUCAAACUCUGUCCUGCAACUCCAAAUCAGAUUCGUCGCCUAUUUACAUUUGUGAUUAACAAUAGUAGGAUGUAGUAGAAAUGGGUUUUAAGUGUUGUUAACCAUUGUGUGGGAAUUUCUGUGACCUCUGAACACAGUUAUACUGUGAGAAGGUUGUCUGGAAAAGGUGGCUAUUAUACAUUACUGGGUAAGAGUGCAGAUAAAUCAGAAAAAUUUUGCAAAUGAUUUGUCCCUAAUUUUGGAAGUUCAGAUUGACAUCUGAUAAUUUACGCUCAGGUGAGAUUUAGGUGAUCACGGUUCGUACAAAUCUGUUAAUUUACGCUCAGGUGAGAUUUAGGUGAUUACGGUUGGUACAAAUCUGUUGAUUUACACUCAGGUGAGAUUUAGGUGAUUACGGUUGGUACAUAUCUGUUAAUUUACGCUCAGGUGAGAUUUAGGUGAUUACGGUUGGUACAAAUCUGUUAAUUUACGCUCAGGUGAGAUUUGGGUGAUUACGGUUGGUACAAAUCUGUUAAUUUACGCUCAGGUGAAAUUGAGAUGAUUGGGGUUCAUACAGAUCUGUUAAAUAACCAGCAAAAACUUGACGUGGAGACCAGUUUUGUUGAAUCAGCUCUUUAAAACAGUUCACCAGUUUCAGUUUCAUCAAGAUGUCGCACAUGUACGAUAAUUGCACAGAGGACAAUGGCACGGUAAUGGUGUACAAAAUAAUGUACGAUAAAAAUUGUCAUUCGCCACUUUGUAAAACUGGGCCCUGUAGUCCAAAAAGGGUAUAAGGUCUGAAUUAUCUACGCCUAAUAACUUGGUACAGGCUGAUUCUUUCGGGUGUUCACCUGUCUCAGCAAAAAGAAAAAUCACAGUGCAUGUUAGUCUUCACAGUGCAUUUUGGAGUCCAAAAGAAACUUCCUGAUUUCAAAAGGCACUGUCAAACUUGCAUGAACUCGAUCAUAAGUGGUCAGUAGCUAGCCCCCAUCUUAGCGGCUUAUCUGAACCCGAUGCACUGAGGUGCGGAGCAGUACUGAGCCACACUAACUUGUUAUCGAGGAAAUGAUCCAAGACUUUUAUAGUUAUCGACUGCAGAAAAUAAGGUGUUAAAUCAUAAUAUGUUCUGGCCUGCUAAAACUGGUACCGAUGUCCUAAUACUUCCAUGAAUGAUUUCAAACACGCUCUAAUCCCAUGCAAGUCAAACCGUUGCCGCAUGAGUCGCCUUUACGUCGUUAUUGGCCACUUUUACUUCGUUAUUGGUCAUUUUCACUUCCUCUUGUUGAUUGCCAUUUGCCGUUUUUAUCCAUGAGCUUUGUGUGUACUAAUCGUUUCACGUGACAGGAAAUUGAUUCCGCUGGAGUUUGUGGAGUUACGUCAAUUCAUUCAUGAACCAGCUUUAAUCAGUGAACAUCCCAGGAUGGGCUCGUCGGUGAACCAACACAUCAACCUCUUCUUCACAAAUGCCAUGCACAGAUUUACUCUACAAUUUAUUUUAUUUAUUUAUGUGAUUGAUGUUUUAUGCCGUACUCAAGAAUGUUUCACUUAUACGACGGCGGCCAGCAUUAUGGUGGGUGGAAACCGGGCAGUGCCCGGGGAAAACCCACGACCAUCCGCAGGUUGCUCACAGACCUUCCCACUGUCGGCCGGAGAGGAGGCCAGCAUAAGCUGGACUUGAACUCACAGCGACCGCAUUGGUGAGAAGCUUCUGGGUCAUUACGCUGCGCUUAGCGCGCUAACCAACUGAGCCACGGAGGCACUCCAAUUGACUCUACAAGUUGACUGCAACAUGAAACUGAAGGUUAAGGCGCCUGCAGACGAUUAUUUGUCAACAAUGCAUAGAAGAAAUAUUCCAGACCUUCUAGGGUAAUAAGGUUCCGAUUUCCGAGAAAUUUUAAUGGAUCAUAAUCUCCAUUUGCUCAAACCAUUUACUAACGUAGAGUCCGUAUGCGGUUUGGAUGUCCUGAUCGAAUCGUUACUAAAUUUGCGUACUUCAGCGUUCCAUUUUCUGAAUGAAGAAACACUGGUGACAUGAUCUUUGAUAGGCUGUAACUUCAAGUGACAUGAUCUCCAAGGCUUUAAGCUGAGAAGUAUUGUCUACGAUGACCAAUGCAAUUAAAGGUGGCAUUUCAUGCAAAUUGUGUACCAGUACAUUUUGGAAGGUAAAUUUGUUUGUACCAUUGUAUUUUGGUAUUUAGAAUUCCAUUUUGUUUGUACAUACCAAUGUAUUUGCUUUUAAUGUUAUAAUGCUUAUUUUGCCUACAUGAACUGGAGUGCUGAGGUUAAUUUUUUUCCUUUUAUCCGGAAUAUUUGGAGGAUUUGCACUGAGAGGUUUUUACCUAUACAUAAAUUGGUUUGAUUUGUGAAUGAAGCGAGUAUAUGCGUGAGUGCAGGUAUAUGGAGACAAAACGUGGACAGUGGGUCAAAUUCGUUUCUGGUAUUUGAAUAUAUUAUUGAAUAAAUGCUUAGUUA